AUGGAACUGAAAAUUGACUGUGAGCUUGAUGAAUCUAAAGAUAGAUAUGAUAAUAUUAAAGCAAUAACGUUUUUAGUUAUAAUACUGUCUGUAAUAGUAAUAAUUCUAGUUGUAUUAGCAUUAAGUUUUAGUGAUCCAAAACUUAGUAGUAAUUUUUAUUCAGGAAAGAAUCAAGAGGAAAUAAAUAAAGAAGAGGAUAUUAAUUUAGAAAGAAGUAACUUUAUGAUUAAUAAUGAUUCAGAUGAAAGCAGUAAUAAUGAAAAUUCUUAUUUUAAAACAAGUUCUGAAUCAGAUUCAUAUUCAAUUAAAUCUGAAAAAGUGAAUUUGAAGUAA